AUGGUGAACACAACCCGGAGCUCGCUCGCCUGGGUCGGGGUUGGGGGGAGAUUACGCAGCGCGCUGGGCCAAUCGGAAGCGCGCUUUGCCGUGACGCGUCCGGGAGCUGGGGCGCACCCCGGAAGCGCUCAAUGCCACGUCGAGUUUGGUGAGCAGCAGGUUCCUGCGAGGCCCGGAAGCCACCACAGCGCCACCAUGAGGCAGCUCAAGGGAAAAGCCAAGAAGGAGACGUCGAAAGACAAGAAGGAGCGUAAGCAGGCGAUGCAGGAGGCGCGGCAGCAGAUCGCUACCGUGGUCCUGCCCACUCUGGCCGUGGUCGUGGUCCUCAUCGUGCUGUUCGUCUACGUGGCCACGAGACCAGGAGCCGUGGAAAAGGGAACAGCAGUCGCCUCUCUCGUCCUCCUCAGCGGACCUACCCCCGCGGACGCUCCAGGAGACCUCCGAGCCUCCCGAUCCCCCCAGACCCCCUUCACCGAGGCGGCCAUGGCGGCUCACAAGCCCGUGGAGUGGGUCCAGGCCGUGAUCUCCCGAUUCGACGAGCAGCUUCCGAUCAAAGUGGGACAUCAGAACACGCACACGAAAGUCAGCACGGAGCACAACAAGGAGUGUCUGAUCAACAUCUCCAAGUACAAGUUCUCCCUGGUCAUCAGCGGCCUGACCAACAUCCUCAAGAAUGUCAACAACAUGCGAAUAUUUGGGGAAGCGUCCGAGAAGAACCUCUACCUCUCGCAGCUCAUCAUCCUGGACACGCUGGACAAGUGCCUGGCCGGGCAAUCGAAGGACAGCCGAGGACUGGACGAGACUAUGUUGGUGAAGCAGCUGCUGCCGGAGAUCUGUCACUUCAUCUACACGUUCAGAGACGGACAGCAGCACGCGGCCGAGCUGCGCGCCUCGGCCUCCGCUGUGCUCUUCUCUCUGAGCUGCAACAACUUCAACGCCGUCUUCAGCCGCAUCUCCACCAGGCUGCAGGAGCUGACCGUGUGCUCUGAGGACAAUGUGGACGUCCACGACAUCGAGCUGAUGCAGUACAUUAACGUGGACUGCUCCAAACUCAAGAGGCUGCUUCAGGAAACUGCACUGAAAUUUCGAGCCCUAAAGAAGCCGGCGCAGCUCGCCGUCAUCAACAGUUUAGAAAAGGUUUGUCUUUGUUUCUUGCUUUGA